AUGUCUAACUCUACACCUAACUCUACACCUAACUUCACGUCUAACUCUAUAUCUAACUCUUCUACACCUAACUCUAUAUCUAAAUCUAUAUCCAACUCUACUAUGCCGAAAUCUAUAUCUAACAUGUCUAACUCUAUGUCUAAACCAAUAUCAAAAAAUAAUCGCCAAAAAAAUAAAGAUUCUAAAAACUCUUCUAAAAGUUCUAUCUCUUUCAAAAGUUUUUCUAAAGGUUCUUUUAAAGGUUCUUCAAAAAGAUCUACUAAAGAUUCCUUCAAGAAAAGAGGUUAUCUAAAUGUUCCUACUAGUAACUUCAAUUAUAUUAGAGACAAAGACAAAGAUUAUAAUAAUCAUACUAAAAUGGAAAUUUGA